AUGGACACCUGUGAGGUCAUCAAUGUGGCUGAUGGUCGAGAGCCACAGUACAAUGUGACUGUGAGAAAUGCCUGGAAGCUUCGUGAUAGCCACAGUGACAAGUGGUAUUUAUUAGUUGCCAAGACAACUGUUGCCAAACAACGGUGGCUGAAGGCUUUCCAGGAUGAAAGAAAACGUGUUAAGGAUGACACAGAAAAUAAUUUCAACAUUCCCUUUCAUGUGAAGCAGGCAGUGAUUACCAACUUCAAGCAGAAGAACACCAUCCAAAAACCAAAAGGUAAAGGUCAUUUGUCACGAGCAAACACAGCUGAGGUGAUCAAUUCCAUUAAUAGAGUCAAUGCCAUCGCCACUUUACCACGGACCAAGAAUCGUCACAAAGUGAAAUCUGAAGCAGCACUGGACACCAGCAAAAUAAUGAAAUGGUUUUUCUUUGGUAAAGGCAAGACUUGA